UACCCAAAGUCCCAAACCCUAAUGGCGCAGCGGCUCCAAGAUGAACUCCUGGAGGAGAUCUUCCUCCGCCUACCCACGGCCGCCGAUCUCGCCCGAGCCUCCACGGCCUGCGUCUCCUUCCGCCGCGUCGUCGCCGCCCACCCCUUCCUCCGCCGAUUUCGCACCCUCCACCCGCCGCCUCUCCUCGGCAUCAUCUGCGGCGGCUUCACCCCGGCCCAGCCACCCCACCCUUCCGCCGCCGCGGCAGCCACCCUUGCCGAUGUCAACUUGUCGUGCGCCAUUCUCCUCCCCCCGUCCCGCGACCGCUGGUGCCGCCGCGACGACCGCGACGGCCGCGCCCUUUACUCCCCCGAACGCGAGGGGCCCGGCGUCGACUACAACCGCCCGGGCCUGGUUAGGGCGUUCGCUGUCUGCGACCCGCUGCACCGGCGCUACCUGCUUCUGCCCGCCCUCCCCGACCAUCUCGCCGGUCAAGUCCGUCCGCCCGACAUCUUGAAAUGCGAGUCCUUCCUUGCUCCUCCUGGCGACGACGAGAACUCAUCAUUCAGAGACUUCAGAGUGAUGUGCUUAGUGUGGUGCACAACCAAGCUCGUCCUCUUUGUCUUCUCUUCUUGCACAGGGCAAUGGCUCCCUGAUCCUGUUACAUUUGAUGUGUUACCGCACUCGGGUGCGCUUAGGCGGCACUAUGCCCAUGGAUGCUUCUGUUGGCAUAAUUAUGAGGCUGACAACUUGCUCGUGCUCGACACACGCAGGAUGGAGUUCUCCGUCGUUGACCUCCCGCUUCCGCCUUGCCCUCAUCUGGGCUACUUAGCCGCUUGUCUGCGGGAGAUGGCCAUUGUGGAGGCAGGAGAAGGAAGACUCGGGAUGUUUACCGUCUCUGAGCCUGGUGUGUAUUAUCUCUUGUAUGAAGAGCAGUCUAAGGAUGAGAACGGCGCAAACCAGUGGCAGUCUAAGUCUGUGAUCUCUUUGCCGGCAAAUUAUUCCUAUGGCAUCGACGGUGUAGCUGGUGGAUACUUACUCCUACACGGGUCACGUAAGCAUACACAAGUAGUAGACUAUUUUUCAUUGAAUCUACAGACUUUCCAGAUUGAGCGGUUCUGUCAGACUGAUUGUCAAAUAGUUGGCACACUGUAUGCCGGUCUCCCACCGUCUUUGUGCCCACCAACUAUUUGAAGUGCCAGGACUUGUCGAGAGAGUACGCAGAUGGCAAGGACCACUGGCAAGUUUAGCAGAAUAAAUGUAAGAGCUCUCAAAAGGGUGAAAGCGGUUACCCAAUUCGACAACAAUUUGCAGUUGAGAGAAGAUACCGCCUCUUUGAGCUACUGAAGAAGCAUGCAAUGGAUGUCUGCUGCAUUCACCUUCUUUCUUGUGUUAGUUGUGUUAUGCCCGAAAAAAGACUAGACUACUAUCUUAUUACUACUAUAUUCAGGGCCUUGUUUGAACUGAAGUUUUGCGGCUUCAGUAACCCCUCGAAAUAAUUUGCUUUUGGUGUGAUGUAUGAUUCUAGUAUGAAUGGUACACCCAAAGUCUGCUUAUGCUGAACAAAUUUUAUCUUGGCUGCACAUGUAC